AUGGAAAAAUUGUAUUUUGAAAAUUUUAUUGUUUACUGUAAUUCAAACAAAUCUUUCUCCUAUCUCCAAAAAAAUGAAAAUAGCUAUAAAAGUCAGAAAAAAAAGAUCCAAAAUAAUGAAUAUGAAAAGCUAGUUGAUGAAAAAAAAAAAAAAUAUAAAUGGAUAAAAAACUUAUCACAUAAAGAAUGCUCUAAACAUAUUUUAGAAAACAUAAAACACACAGAAAAUAAAUUUAAUGGAAAACCGAAAAUUAAAAAAAGGGGUUAUUCAGUAUUAUGUAAUAUAAACAAUGAACUAAUUUACACCUAUAAAAACAUUAAAUUUAUAAAGGAUUCGAAAUGCAUGAAAGCUGCUUCCCUAGCUGUUCAGAAAAAAAAAAAUGUUUUUAAACCAAGUAAAUGUAUAUCAAUAUUUAAAGGAAAAGAAGACAGUGAAAAAAAAGAAAAAUGGACAACAACAAAACAAAAUACAGGAAAUAAUGAUCUAAUAAAAGAAAAACGUUUUUCUAAUGAAAAUAAAUUAAAAAGUGAGGAUUUAAUAAAAAUAAAAGGAAUAGAGAAAAAAGACAAUCGUAUUGAUAUAUACAAAUAUUUAUUUAAUAUUUAUAUUAGAAAAGAAUAUUAUAAAAAGGUAUCAAAGCGAUGGUUAAAAAAAUUUAUAAAGAAAAAUGGGCCUUUAUAUAAAGAAAUAGCCAAACAACUAAUUAAUUUGUUGAUCAUAAAAAAUUUUAUAAUUUUUGAUGUUGAAUUAUGGAAUUUCUUUCUUCCACAAAAUUUGACAAACCAUUUUAACAUAAAUUUACAAUUUUUUUGUGGAAAAUCAGGAAAUAAAAAAACAGAAUUUUUAAAGAAUAUAUUUGAAUCAUUUCCUUUUAAAUAUUCUCAUGAAAAUGUUCAUAUUAUUGAUAUGGUUGAGUAUGAAAAAUGUCCUAUUGUAUAUGACUAUAAAUAUUUAAUAAAUCCCAAUCGUUUUUUAAAUAGUGUCGAAAUAGGUGUAAAUAAUAAAAAAACCAAUAAAAUAAAAAAUAUAAAUAAAGAUAAUUUUUCAUUCAAAUUAUUUGAUAUGUCAAGAAGUAAAGAUAUAUAUACACAGUUAUCACCAUUAAGACAAGAUGGAAAUUGUGACAAAAUAAAACAGGAAGUUGACAUUCAUACUAUUAGUUCAAAACAUGCUAAAACUUCUAAUAUUAAUAUAAUAGAUGCAAAUGAGAAAACAAUGGACAUCAAAAAGAUAGACAACUCAUGUAUUAACCAAUAUAGAUAUAAAGAUAAAAAAAUUCUCAGUCUUUUCGAGUCUUCAGAUAGUGAAGAAAUGUGUAAUAGUAUAGAUUUACACUAUCUAAAUAAAAUAAAUAAGCAUAAUAGUUAUCUUUCAAAAGAUAUAAAUUUAUAUAAUUAUAAAAAAAGAACUUAUAUAAAUAAUAUACUUUACCCAAAUUAUUAUGAAAUUGCAUUAAAGGAAUUUCUAAUAACAGAUGUGAAAAGCAGAAAAACAAUUCAGAUGAUUGAUUCAUUGAAUUUAAAUUUAGAGUAUAUUCUUAUUAGUUUUACAAAAAUUGCUAUAAUUAAACAACUUGUAUGGAAAAAAAAAAUGUUUAGACUGUUACAUAAAUUUGUAAAAAAAGAUUAUAAGACCAAAUUGGAAAAGAAAAUAAGAAGAAAAACAUUAGGAUUGAACUUAUUUAACGGAGGGUAUUCCUUUUUGCUAAUAAAGAAUCUCGAUUUUAUAAACAACUUUUCUGUUUUAAAAAAAAAUUGUAUUAUGUUUUUAUUAUUAAAAUAUAUUUUUAUAUGGAAAAAAAUGAAUUUAAAUGCACACAUGUUUAUUGUAUCUCCAGUUUUAGAUGAAAAUAUAUCAAGUGGAUUUAAUAAAAGUGAUAUUGGAAAAGAAAGUCAUGAAAAUGUAUUAUUACAAUUAAAUCCUUAUAUAAAUAAAUAUUUUCUUUUUAUAUUGCCUAAAUUUCUUCAUCAUAAAGAUAGAUAUAUAGUAUUAAAACAUUUGUAUAGAAAACAUAAUUUACCAUAUUCAAUUAAAACGUUACAAUAUGUCUCUAAAAUAACAAAUAGCUAUUGUGAAGAAAAUUUGAUCAAACUAUUUCAAGAUGAGUACAAAGAGAGAAUUAUUUAUUUAUUAAAAAAAAAAAAUAAAAGCAAAGAUGAAAAUUUGAAUAAUACUGUGAAAAAUAUAAACAAUGUUGAUAAUCUUGUGGAUAUAAAAAAGAAUAUUAAACAAUUAAUGUCUAAAAAUAAAAAUAAAAAAAUCCAUUUUUUUAAUAAAACUCUUAAUUUCCAAUGUGAUUCACAUUUAUUUAUUCACGGAAAAGAGAUUGAAUUAUAUAAAAAGAAAAGUUUUGAAAAGUUGAAUAAGAAUGGCAAGAGUAAGACAUACGGAUUUGACAAAGUAGUGGGAGAAAGUGAACUUAUUAAUAGACUGAAAAAUGAAGUUGUUUAUAAUUUUAUUUAUAGAGAAAGACAAAAACAUUAUAAUAGUACUGAUUGUGAUAAAAACCUUUUUGAUGAUGUAGGUAUAUUAUUAUAUGGAGAAAGUGGAUCUGGUAAAACUUUCAUAUCAAAAAUAAUAAUCGAAGAAUGUAAUUGUAAUUCCAUUAUUAUAAAUUGUGCUAAUAUAUUUAAUAAAGUAAUGGGUGAAUCUGAAAAAUGUCUGAAUGAAAUAUUUGAAUAUGCAAAAAAUAAAUUACAACCAUGUAUAAUUAUGUUUGAUGGUAUUGAAAAUAUUUGCUUUAAACAUGAUUUAUUUUCAAAUUCUAUUGAUAAAUUUUCUGCACGAUUAAAAUUAUGUUUUUAUGAAAAUCUAGAUAAGUUACAUUUUGAAAAAAAAUGGAAUUUAAAUAGUAAGAGGAAUACUAAUUCAAUUAUGAUUAUUUGUACGACCACUGAUAUUAAUAAUGUUGAUAGUAAUUUAUUAGUAGAUCAUAGAAUUAGGCAUAUAUAUCAAACUAAAAGUUUUAAGUUUUGGAAAAAUAAAGAUGUGUAUAAACUUUUUGAAAACUGCUUAAGGUCUAAUAAUAUAGAUCCAAAUGUUUUAAUGAAUUCAGAAAAUUUUCAAAAAUUUAUACAAGAAAAUAUAUUAAGUAGGAAGGAUAAAUUUUCACCCCUUGAUAUUUCGAAUAUGUGUUCAGAUACAUUAGCUCGAUGCAUAAAAAUUGGCAUUUCGAAUGGAAAUGAAAUAAAUCUAGAAAUUUUUUGCAAUAUACUAAGAGAAAAUUAUAAAUAA